AUAUUAUUUUCCUCCCUUGCCCUUCUCUCUUUGUUUCUUUCUCUUCGGCGGCGUUCUCCUCGAUCCCCAGUAAAAAAACUCAUCUCUCUUCUCUUUCUCUCUUCUCGUUGUUAUCGAAGUCUCGAGAUCGGAGAGACAUAGGAGAGAGAAGAGAGCUCCGAUCGGUUCUCCGAUCGAUCUCAAGAUCUGCGUGACAGGUCAUGGCAUCUGCUCAAGGUGCAACAGGAUGGCUAAGAGGGAAAGUGAAGGCAGUCCCUUCUGGAGAUUGCUUGGUGAUAAUGGGAAGCACCAAAGCUGAGAUCCCACCUGAAAAAACCAUCACCCUAUCUUCCAUCAUUGCACCGAGGCUGGCACGUCGUGGUGGAAUUGAUGAACCCUUUGCAUGGGACAGCAGAGAAUAUUUAAGGAAGCUCUGCAUAGGGAAGGACGUGACUUUCAAAGUAGAUUAUACUGUUCCAUCUAUUGGGCGAGAAUUUGGUUCUGUUUUUCUUGGAGAGCAGAAUGUUGCCAAACUAGUUGUAGAAGAAGGAUGGGUGAAGGUCCGAGAGCAGGGUCAACAAAAGGCUGAAGUAAGCCCUUUCUUGUCAGAGUUGCAGGCUCUGGAGGAGCAAGCUAAGCAGAAAGGUCUUGGUCGUUGGAGCAAGGAAGCUAUUGUUUCUGAAAAAUCAGUAAGAGAUCUACCACCGUCAGCCAUUGGCAGCUCCAGUAAUUUUAACGCAACAGAUUUUUUAGAAGCAAACAAGGGAAAAUCUAUGGAAGCUAUUGUUGAGCAAGUUCGUGAUGGUAGUACAGUUCGAGUCUAUCUGAUCCCAGGGUUUCAGUUUGUUCAAGUACUUGUUGCAGGAAUUCAGGCUCCAUCAAUGGGCAGGAGACCUGUGAUUGAAGCAAUUCCUGAAUCCGAGCUAGCUGCUGAUGAAGCAGAUCGUGAAGCUUCCGCUGGUAACCGGGGACCAUUGACAUCGGCACAGAAGCUUGCUGCUUCCCCAGUGAUAACCACUGAAAUUUCACCGGAUCCAUUUGGAAGGGAAGCUAAACACUUCACAGAGAUUAGGGUUCUAAAUAGAGAUGUCCGCAUUGUGUUGGAGGGUGUAGACAAAUUCAGCAAUCUGAUUGGUUCGCUAAUUUAUGCUGAUGGUGAUACUCCAAAGGACCUUGCAUUGGAGCUUGUGCAAAAUGGUUUAGCAAAAUAUGCCGAAUGGAGUGCCAAUUUCAUGGAAAAUGAUGCAAAAGCAAAGCUUAAGGCUGCUGACCUUCAGGCCAAGAAGGAUAGGCUGAGAAUGUGGACGAACUAUGUACCUCCUGCUUCAAAUUCGAAGGCAAUCCAUGAUCAGAAUUUCACAGGAACAGUUGUAGAAGUUGUGAGUGGAGAUUGUAUAAUUGUUGCUGAUGAUGCUGCCCCCUAUGGGAGUCCGCUUGCAGAGCGUAGAGUUAAUCUUUCGAGCAUCAGGUGUCCUAAACUGGGAAAUCCUCGACGAAAUGAGACGCCAGCAGCCUUUGCUCGUGAAGCUAAGGAGCUUCUGCGGUCGCGUUUUAUUGGCCGCCAAGUGAAAGUGUCUAUGGAAUAUUCUAGAAAAGUUGGUGAUGGAUUGAAUCAAGCAGCUGAAUCUGGUCCAGCUGACUCUAGAGUCAUGGAUUUCGGAUCGGUCUUCCUUGUGUCUCCGUCAAAGGAGGGUGAUGAUACCACUCCAACCGCACCUUCCGGUAGCCAAACCAUGGGAGUCAAUGCUGCCGAACUAGUCCUUUCACGUGGAUAUGGAGAUAUCAUCUACCACAGAGACUUUGAGGAAAGGUCAAACUAUUAUGAUGCUUUAUUGGCAGCUGAGUCACGUGCCAGUAAGGCAAAGAAAGGGAUUCAUUUAUAUAAAGAGAGAGACAAAGACGGCAAGUUAAUGAGGGAACCAAAACCUACAGUCGUGCAUAUAACAGAUCUGACAACGGCUUCAGCAAAGAAAGCGAGAGAUUUCUUGCCAUUUCUACAAAAAAGUAGAAGGCUUCCCGCUAUGGUUGAAUAUGUCCUUAGUGGGCAUCGUUUUAAACUGCUUAUUCCCAAGGAAACUUGCAGCAUUGCUUUCGCAUUCUCUGGUGUCAGGUGCCCAGGUCGAGAUGAGCCCUUUUCAGAUGAAGCUAUUGCAUUAAUGAGAAGGAAGAUAAUGCAGCGGGAAGUAGAGAUUGAAGUUGAAACAGUUGAUAGAGCUGGCACUUUCCUGGGUUCUCUAUGGGAGUCUAAGACAAAUAUGGCUGUGGCUCUUCUCCAAGCUGGAUUGGCAAAGCUUCAAAAUUCCUUCGCUUCAGACAGGAUCCCAGAUGCCCACAUUCUUGCACGGGCUGAACAAUCGGCAAAACAGCAAAGACUGAAGGUGUGGGAGAACUAUGUUGAAGGACAGGAAGUUGCUAAUGGAUCUUCCACCAAUUCAAAACAGAAGGAAGUGCUCAAGGUUCUAGUCACCGAAGUCUUAGGUGGUGGCAAGUUCUAUAUUCAAACUGUUGGUGAUCAGAGUGUUGCUGUGAUCCAAAAGCAGCUUGCUUCAUUGAGUCUUCAGGAAGCUCCUGUAUUUGGAACUUUUAAUCCUGUAAAGGGUGACAUUGUCCUUGCUCAGUUCAGUAUAGAUAAUUCCUGGAAUAGAGCCAUGAUUGUCAAUGGACCACGGGGUCCAGCCGAGUCACCAGAGGACAAGUAUGAAGUCUUCUAUAUUGAUUAUGGAAAUCAAGAGACAGUCACACAUAGUCGUAUGCGCCCGCUGGAUCCCUCGGUCUCCUCUGCACCUUGUUUAGCUCAACUUUGCAGCCUCGCAUUUAUCAAAGUUCCAAACUUGGAGGAUGAUUUCGGCCAGGAGGCUGCAGAGUAUCUGAGUGAUUGUACCAUGAAUAGUUCAAAAGAGUUCAGAGCAAUGAUUGAGGAUAAAGAUACCUCAGGAGGAAAAGUCAAAGGUCAAGGAACUGGAACAGUUUUCGCAGUUACUCUAGUUGAUGUGGAAGCUGAAACCAGCGUCAAUGCUGCACUGCUGCAGGAAGGGCUUGCUAGACUAGAAAGAAAAAAUAGAUGGGACACGAGGGAGAGAAAAUCGUCCCUUGACAACCUCGAAGAGUUCCAAGAUAAAGCAAAGAAGGGUAGAAUGGGAAUUUGGCAGUAUGGGGACGUCCAAUCAGACGAUGAAGAGUCUGCUCCUCCCACAAGAAAACCUGCAGGUCGCGGUAAAUAGAGAAAGGCUCCCCACAACUUGGGGGCAAAAAAGUAAAAUCCGUUUAGGUUUUCUAGGGUUCUUAGCUUAGAA